CCCCUGCUGGUGCGGAGUACCCAGCCAGGCAGGUGCUCACUCUUACCAUGGGAAGCGACAGUGGCCCGAGUCCGGGCACGGAGGCCGAACGCGAGCAGUAGGCAGGAGCCGCGAGGGAGAUCAUGGACGAUGGUGACUUCACCUUCGCCGCCGUCCCGCCGCCUCUUCUGGCCGCGGGCGGCGGCGGUCGCAUGGGCGUGCUGUACCCGGUCUUCGGCCGGCCGAGGUCCCCGCCUCGGCCGCCUGCUCCGGAGCUGGAGACGGCCACCGCGCGGGUGCCGCUAGGACGGCUCCUGCUGGUGGACAGGGAGCCGGCGCCGGCGCAGCAGCCGCCGGCGCCGGCGGACGACCUCGACUCUGUCCCGGCGGAGAUGUACUGCCCGUGGUCCCCCGGGUGGUCGGCGGCGUCCCCGGCGCGGUGCAAGAAGAGCGGCUCCACGGGGUCGGUCCUCCGCUGGCGGCCGCGGCUUGUCGGGCGGAGCCAGAGCGACGGCAAGGAGAAGUUCGUGUUCCUGAACACCACCGGCGCCGCCUCCGGCCGGUCCGGCCGUAAGGGGAGGAGCGGCGGCGGCGGUGUCUCUGCCGCUCUCGGCGGCCACGCCUGGAGCUACUACGCGAGCGGCGGGGCCAGCAAUGGCGCGCGCCGGAGGUCGUUCCUGCCGUACAAGCAGGACCUCGUCGGGCUGUUCGCCAACGCCGCCGUGUUCCGGCGCAGCUACCUCCCGUUCUGACGACGUUUCGUACGUGCUCCCGGUGUGGUUCCACCCUAUCUGCAUACGUACACGAAUACGAAGAGUUAUUAAGUCGGUGUGGUUACUUUGCUCCGUGAUUGAUUGGUAACUUUUGCUGGUUUGUUUGUUAGUACAAAUCAUCGGUUUUUCAUCACAUCAUCAGUGUAACAGAGCUUGUAGCACUAGCAGGCAGUGGUGCAGAGUGUUAGCUAUGUGCACACUCCGUUUCAUUCAGCACUCUAGAUUUUCUUUUGCUGUCUGCCUGUCUCGCUUGUAGAACAAAGGUAUUUUGGAGCGUGGUCUAUUAUGAAACUGUUCAACUUUUUUUUUUAA